UUUUAUUUUUUUUUUGCAAGAAAGGUGGCGACCCUAUGGAGGACACAGUCCGGUUGCUGAUGUCUUUGUUAGUCAGGCCUGUGGUGGGCGCUCUAGGCUCUUAUCAUCAAUAGCUUCUUCGCAAGAAAAGACACUUACAGUCAAAAUGAUGACGGGAGGGGCGACAUUAAUUUGUGACACUUCAGAGCAGCCGCUAUCCUCUCCAUUCGCCAUGUUUUGGUAGGCAGGACUCCGAUAAUAUGGUGGGUGUAAACGUCUACGCGGGCGCCAUGUUUCCGGAGACUCCGCACUGGGUGACGUCAUCAGGAAGCGCCACUGACGCCGGCGCCGGCUUUAAACGUUAAAACUGAGUCCGAGCGUCUGCGGGUUCGCUCCCUGGGAGCGGUCGGUACCGGUUGUGUGUCGGUGCAGGCCGCCAUGCUGUGUGACCGUCACGUGAUUUAGAUCCGGAGGCCGUGGUGCUGCCGUGUACUAUGGUGGAGAUGUGAGCGGCCGUUAAUGGACGGAUCUGGACCUGAGGUUGCUGACGCCCUCCCGGCAGAGGUCAUGGUACAGAGUCGAGAAGAAGAGAGUGCCCCUCCACCCGCCCUCCUUGGGGUCAGCGCUCCCAGCACCGGGGUCACCAUGCAGGAGUCGGUGGCCCCUCUCAUACAUCCUCUUUCGUCCCUGCCCAGUGACAGCCCCCAGAAGAGGGCACUCUCCUCUCUCCCAGCACCACCGGACGCUCUGCAGGCUACAACUGGUCCAACCCUUGCAGAUGGCAGUGAUAGAUGUUCGGUUGCUGAAGAUUCCUCUUGUGUCCCACAAACUCCGACCUCCAAGACCAGAUGUGAGACCCCGCUAGGACAGAGUCUCCUCAAUGUGUCUGAUCCAUCUCCAUGUAUUACUAGCAUAUUGCAGGACUCCUCCCCUAUUGGGACCCCUCGAAGUCCAACACCUGGAAAGAGGCCAAAGAAACGAGGCCGCAAGCCUAAAGCUAAGGUGCUGCGGAUGAAGAAGGCCCGGAAGUCUGUGACACCUCCUACACACCCUCCUGGCAGGAAGGGUCUUGGCAUAAUUCAGUCCCCGGUGAACACUGUGGCUCUGCCCAGUGACAGUCCCCAGAAGAGGGCGCUCUCCUCUCUCCCUCCACUACAGGACUCUCUGCAAUCUGCUACUGAUCCUUCUCUUCUGGACAUUGGGGAUAAAUCUUUUGCCCCUGAAGAUGCCCUCCUACAAACGCCCGUAAAGGUGCCAAAGAAACGAGGGCGCAAGUCUAAAGCUGAGCUUCUCCAGAUGAAGGCGGCUCAAGAGCUGUUGGCCCAAACCCAGGUGGAGAGCAGACAGAGCGACUCCGAGAACAUGGAGGUGGAGCUGACACAAAGUGGUCGUCCAAGGAGACGCGCUGCCAAAACGGCCAUGAAAUAUUUUCAGGAUCUGGCAGAUGAAUGGUCGUCAUCUGGACUGUCCUCUCCUAAAGUGGAGAAGAAGAUCCCGGAGGAGUCUGGGAAGAAGAGACGCCGGAAGAGGAAGGCAGACGACUCUGAUGACGAUGUGGACUUUGUGGUGUCAGAAGAUGUCCUGGAGCAGGAAAAAGAAGAGGUGGAGGAUGACCUGAGCGGGGAGGAGUCUGUCGGUGACCUCAGCUUCUACAGGACCAGCGUCUUUACUCCUGGAGAGAAGAUUCAUCCUGUAGUGAGAGGCAGUGCUGAGAAUGGACUCCACAAUUCCAUCAUGGUCCCGCUGUGGAGCUCUGCGCAGAUCACUAUGGACAUCCGUGAAGCUCAGUACUCAGAUUGGGAAUACCCCGAAUGGAUCCCACAGAGAAGCAGCUGGCACUUCCUAUCACACAGUGAGACUGAGAUGUAUCUCCCCCAGCAGAUGACCUCCCCUCCAUUCUGCAUCAGAAGAGAAGGUAUAAAGGAGGACUCUGACCCCCAUGUCCUUAACAGGUUCCAGUCUUUGCCCCCUCACCCUCAGCGCUUUGAUGGGACCUUUUUUGUGGGGGGCCCAGUGUGGUCUCUUGAUUGGUGCCCAACUUUGUGGGGUUCUAAUUCCUGCCAGUAUGUGGCGCUGUAUUGUCACCAUGGAAUGGACGAUCGGCACAAGCUCCAUGUUACACACACUGGACCAGCACUUCUACAAUUGUGGCACCUUGGAGUCCUGAGCCCAGAUAAAGGGGUGGACUCGGCAGCCUCCUUCUCCUAUGGUCUGGCAAUAGAUGACGGCUGCAUAUGGGACCUGAAGUUUUGUCCUAGUGGAGGGUGGGAGCCCCCUGGCACCCCAAGAAAGGGCACGGAGAUGGUGCGGCUCGGAAUCCUGGCAGUGGCGUUCUCCAGUGGCCAUGUACAGAUCUACAGUCUACCUCACCCAGAAGCCCUGAACUCCCAGCGGAAGAGCCAUGAAAAAGAUACCGGGGAGCUGACGAUCUGUAAGUAACUUCUUUGUGACGUGCGGAAAUGACCGGCGGCUGAAGUUUUGGGAUCUGCGGCGACUUCACGCUCCUGUAAACAAUAUCAGGCGGUUCCAGAGCACAGAGAUCACAUGGCUCCUGCCGUACUGUGGGGUCGCUGUGGCUCAGGAUAACUGCUACGCCUCACACGGCCUGUGCGGUAUUCACUACGUGGACUCCGGCUUCCUGGGCUACAAACCGUACUUUGCUACUCCGCGCAAGGGAACAGUGUGGAGCGUCUCGGGCUCGGACUGGCUGAGCUCCAUCACAUCGGGGGACCUCACCGGAGAAGUCAUGGUCAUCCUGCUGCCCAGUCUGAACGUCCAGUCCAUCAACGCCAAGAGACCGUCAGACCGCAGAUUUCCGAUCUAUAAGGUGGACUUCCAUUCCUGUGCUCCCCUGUUUACUGACAGCCCCGACACAGGUGACCCCACUGUGAACGGGCCCCUCGCGGACAGUCGUCACUGGGAACACUUUAAGCCGAAGUCAUUCCGCGCGGCGGCCGGACGCUUUAGUCUCCUGUUUCAGGACAUGGAUACGACGAACUUCCGUAACAUGAGCAGCCGGGAGCCCAUCAAGAGGAUGCAGGCCAACGAGCUGAAGGGCGAUCUGGACAUGGAGCGUGUGCAGCUGGAGGCCAUACACAAGGUCCGUUUCAAUCCCAACUUGGACUCGUACACGUGGAUUGUGUCAGGUGGUCACUCUGGUCUGGUCAGAGUCCACUGUGUACGAGGUUUGCUGUCAUCUGUGGCCCAGAAGAUGAUUCAGGAGAAGAGAGCGAAGUUCCAGGCCAUGUAUGAAGCGGUGGAGACGGUUGGGGAGUCUGAGUACAGCCCGGAGGUCCAGCAUUGUGUGGUGGAGGUCUAGAGACUGUAGACACCCGGACUGUAGACCCGUGGACUCUAUAGGCGAGACUCCUGCUGCGUCCUUGGCUUUCUUUUGUGAGAUUCCAUGUAAUGUCUGAUUUUAUUUGUUUUUAGCUUUUUUGGGCUUUUUAUCGGCUCUUGUGCCCAGAUGGGCCCUUACACAGCACUUCCACUGCCCUGGGCAUCCAUGUGAGCCGGAUGGAGUAGAAUCCUGCAGCUCUGCUCGUACACAUGUGAACAUGUACGAACACCCAGACCUGGGCAGUAAGGUCAGGGCCAUGUUAUCUCCUCAUCGCUCACAUUGAGCUCCUCGUGAGGCGACCUCCACUUCUUUAUUAAAAUUCUCCUAUUUUUUACAUGUGCUUUUAGCUUGAGGUGAGUUUGUUUA